AUGACCAUAAACCUAUUUAGCCAAUUCGCCUCACCAACACUUCUUGGAAUCCCAUUGAUUCUUGUCGCCUUUGUUGUCCCAUGACUUCUAUUCCCAACACCCUGCAAUCGAUGAACAACUAAUCGCCUAGUAACAAUUCAAUCUUGAUUUGUGAAAACUUUCACCAAGCAAAUCUUUCUCCCACUAAACACCCCAGGACAUAAAUGAGCCCUCAUUCUCGCAUCACUAAUAAUCUUUCUUCUCGGGAUAAACCUCUUAGGGCUUCUUCCCUAUACUUUUACUCCAACCACACAACUCUCACUCAACCUCGGACUCGCAAUUCCUCUGUGAUUAGCCACUGUGGCUAUUGGCUUUCGAAACCAGCUUACAGCAUCCCUGGGCCACUUCCUGCCAGAAGGGACACCAACCCCUCUUAUCCCUAUCCUAAUUAUCAUUGAAACUAUUAGCCUUUUCAUUCGCCCACUAGCCCUAGGAGUACGACUCACUGCCAACUUAACAGCUGGCCACCUGCUUAUUCAACUAAUCUCAACCGCUACAAUAGCACUACUAUUUUCAAACCCUGUCGUCUCCUCACUAACCUUUGCCACCCUCCUUCUUCUUACCAUGCUAGAAAUCGCAGUUGCAAUAAUCCAAGCAUACGUAUUUGUUCUCCUACUAAGCCUCUACCUCCAAGAAAACACCUAA